AUGGAGCUCACGUCGCGGCCGAGCUUGGGCGUGGCGCACGAGCCUAUGCCGCACCAGAGGCCUGCGCAGGAGCACCCCCACCAUGAGAGCGCCACCCCCGGACACGUCUUCCGCACGGCUGUGUGCGGGUCCGCGUCGCGCAUGCUGGCGCUCGGCGUCGGGCUCUCGCUCGGCCUCGUGUGGUGGGGGAUGAACGUCUCGCAGGCCACCCUCUUCGCCUUCCACACCCUGUUCAUGUCCGUCGGACUUGUACUUGUGAUGACGGAGGGGGUGUUGCGCGCCAUGGAGGCCCGCGCGACCCACGGGCCGCACCGCACCGCCGCUCUCAAGACGCACAUGGCGCUGCAGCUGGGGGCCGUCGUGUGCCUGGGGGCGGGGUUUCUCACCAUUUUUGCAAACAAGGUUCGGAAGGGCAAACCGCACUUCGCAACGCUGCACGCCAAGCUCGGCCUCGCGUGCCUGGUCCUCUCCUGCGCUGCGGCUCUCGGCGGAGCGGCGGCGUUCCGCUGGGUGGGCCUCUACGACAAAUUGCCCGGCCCGUUGCAUGCGGCUGCCAAGCCUGCGCACCGGGUCGUGGGCCGCGCGGCGUGGCUGCUGGGCGUCGCGGCGGUACUGGCAACCAUCGGGCAGGCCAACCACGACAUGGGCCUGGCGACGGCGGCGUGGCAGGCGGGUCUGGUGGUGCUUAUCUGCGCGAUGGCGCUACGUGCUCUGGGGCCGUGGGGGGGAGGCAAGGGGCACGGCGGGGUGUCGAGCGACGACGGCCUCGAGACAGCGCCCCUCACGCGGCCGAGCUCGGAGCUGUGA